AUGGAGACCCUAGAUAUAUAUGGCGUCGAUUCGAACGGUACAGAGACCUGCUACGUCGGUCGUAACGACAACCCUUCUUUUAUUGGUUCUGAACCUCUAGACGCUCUCGGAUACCGAAUUUGGAAAUCUACUAUUGUUCGUAAUCUCGACCGUCAAAACCCUUCGGACGAUCGCAACAAACACUGA